AUGGAUGCUACUCAAAACAACAACCGCAUGGAGUCUAGAUCGGUCUUUGGUGUUACUGGACGUCUUGUUAUCCUUGAAAUUUUUAAGACACAGACUCACAUCCAAUCGAAUGUUUGUGGUACUUUUAGAAAACCAGAAGACCUAGUGAUUAAUUACUUAAGACCGGUUGAUUACUCUAAGAUCCAAGUCUUGACUGACCAGGUUCCAUGUUCCAUUGGUAACUUAUACAAAACACUGUUAUGCUUCAUCCCAAUCGUGGAAGAUGUUUUAGUCUCCUAA